UAUGAAAGUGGAAACGGAGAAAUUUAAAACAGAUAAAUUCGAUCCUAUCGUUAAAGAGAAUAUGAAAAUUCUUAGGAAUUCACCAAUAGGAGACGCGCUAUCUUUGGAGAAGGAAGUUGCAAGACGGUUAGUUUGUAGGAAAGGAACAAGAUUAAUUCAAGGUAUACAACCAGUUUGUGAAUAUUGUAACAAAGGAAGUUAUCGACAAGCUUUCCAAGAGCCUAUGACAGAAUGUCAACAUUGUCCCUUCAAUUUUUAUAAUGACCACUUGGGUCAAAGCGAGUGCAAAAAGUGUCCAUCACCAAAUAACUACACGUUGAAAAAAGGAGCAGUAUCCCUGGAGGAGUGCGUUAAAUAUAAAUUUAUUGACUUUAACAAAGAAAAAAAAGAUGGAAUCUUCUUAAUAAAAGAUGAUGAUUACAUUAAACCUUUCAACUUGGGAUUAGUUAUUUUAGGAAUUCUUAUAGAGAAAGAUAACAUAAUGAACAUAUUGGAAAAAAAUACUAACUAUGUUAAUAUUUCGGAACUUCAAAACGGAAUGACGGGAGUGACUAUUGUUGGGAUUGUAAUUGGAAGGAAUGGACCGCGCUCUUUUCCUAGUAAACGAGAUCAUACUGUCAAUAAAAAUGUCCUUCUACUAACCGUUAGAGACUCGGCUCAUGACUUCAUAAAUGUGACUUGCUGGGGCAGCUUAGAUUACAUAAAUAACCUAAGUUAUGAAUUCAUUGUGGGGUCUUGUGUUGAAAUUUCAAAUCCUACUAUUCAGGUUAAGCCGUUGAAUGGAAGCUCGGACUACUACAGUCCAACAACCCCAAGUCAUUUUAUUCUUCACGCUGGAGAACAUAAGGCUACCGUGAAAAUGUAUUUAGGGGCAGACAGAGAAUCAUAUUUAGAACUUCAGCGUAUCCCUACAAAAUCUCCAUAUGAUUUUUACUCUUUCGAGUCUAUUAUUGAGGCCGGUAAACAAGAAACUGGAAGUAUAUGCAAUAUACUCGGAGUGGUUCGUCAGGUUUUAAAGCCUCGAAAAUUUAUUAACAAGAAAGGGAUGAAAUCUAAGCUUUGUGAAAUUAAAUUAUUUGAUCAGUCGUGUGAUAGUUUCAGUCUUAUUCUAUGGAAUGAUUCGUUUAUAUCAAUGGCUGAAGAUUGGAGACCAAAACAACAAAUUCUAUUUGCAACUGACGUGAGACUGAAAUAUGAUCUUUAUCGAAAGAGGAUGACAGCAGAUACCACGUCAAAGACAAUUAUAACGAUUAAUCCCAGAACAAAUCAAGCUUUGAAUUUGUACAAAUAUUCUACUACCGUAACGUUUGAUAGUGACGAUAAAAUUUCAGCCGAGUCAAUAAAUUUGGCUCAGAUUACAGAGAUGUAUAAUAUCUCUGAAAUUAUUCAACUUCAAUCAAUUCCACCAGGAGAAGCUGGGCUCCUUGGUUAUUGUGGUAUAACGUAUGCUUAUAUAACAUUCUUUCCGUUAGAUUGUUCUGUUGAGAAACUAUAUGGAUAUAAAUGUCAAUUUUGUGGUGUAAGAGUAGCAAAAUCAGCCUCAAGCUGUUCAAACUUAAGCUGCGCCACAAAACACGCAACCAAGGGUUUCGUUAAAUACUUUAAUAUACCGAUGGAAAUAACCGAUGAAUGUGGAACUUUGAAAAUGUGUCGGUUUGAAGGGAAAACAGUUGAAGCCUUAUUAAACCAUUCUGUUGACGAAUUUAUAACUCUUAGCGAAGAGUAUAGGAACAAAGUAAAAUGGCAAUUUAUGACAGAACGAUUUAAAAUCUUUUUCAAGACUUCUUUUGCUGAUCAGGAAACGAAUCCUAAUCCAACAGUUUUUCAACGUUCUGCCGAGGAAGAAUAUAUAAACAAAAAUGAUGAUGACGAAUAUGACGAAAGAGAUGUAUUUCAUAUGAUACGAGAUAUAAAAGAUCCUGAACAUCCAUACUCUUUGGAAGAAUUAAAUGUACUUGAAAAGUCAUUAAUAGAGGUUAACAAUGAAAAUAACAAAGUAAUAGUUCAAUUUACACCCACCAUACCUCAUUGCUCAUUAGCAACUUUAAUUGGGUUAUCAAUAAGGGUAAAACUAUUAAGGGAUCUUCCAAAACGUUUUAAGGUAGAUGUUGUUAUCACACCGGGAACGCAUGCAUCAGAAUUAGCAAUAAAUAAACAAUUGGCUGAUAAAGAAAGAGUGGCAGCAGCUUUGGAAAAUGUUCAUUUAUUAACUGUCGUCAAUCAAUGCAUUAAUGGAGAAAAUUAA